AUGUCUAGUGACAAACUACCGCGGAUACUUUUUAGAUGAUCCAAUAUUUCAAAAAGAAAUGUGAAUAAGAACAGCGCGCGACACGCGCGCGGCUACUUGUCUGUACGAACGGUAUCACACGAGUCAUAAAAAUAGCAACGUUAAUAAAUACUUUUUAAUAAUCAAAUAUGCAAAUAAACGAGCAAUUGGAACGCAACUUGUGUCGCCGUGUACAUGAAACUCGAAAGUGUCUAGGGAUUAUUGCAAUUGAAAAGCAGCCACUACAUUGCACCCCAGUGAUCCCAGUGCAGACAGUGUAGCUACAAAGAACAAACGUCGAGUUGAACGAGUCUUUCGGACUCUUCUCAAAAGAUCAUUGUUGUUAUAACAUCCUGUGUUCCAACAUCCUGUUUUGUUUUUAUGAUUUUUAUAUUGAUCGCGGCGAGAAUGUGAAUGUGAAAAUUGCCGUGACAGAAUUACGUAAACGUGACUUAUCAGUGAAAAUCACAGUGUAUAGAAAAUAGCGAAAAUGCAAGAGCCACGGUAUAUCGCGAACGCGUGUCAAGAGUAUCAGGACGAAUUUUACAUCGCUGCUGCGAAAUAUUGGGACCGCAUCCCGCCCACAGUGGAUGGGAUGCUGGGAGGCUUCGGAUUUAUUUCGCAGACUGACAUAAAGGGCUCUACACUCUUCUUAAAAUCUCUGUUCGAGAUAGAAAAUCCACCUUCUAAAGCAUUUGCCCUAGAUUGUGGUGCUGGUAUUGGUAGAAUUACAAAAAACUUAUUAUUAAAAUUUUUUAAACAUAUAGACCUCGUUGAGCAAAAUCCAAAAUUUCUAGAGGUAGCAAAGAUCUCCCUGGAAAACUGUUCAUCGAGAAUCGGCCAAUAUUAUCCUAUUGGAUUGCAAAACUUCUGCCCUAUGCCAAAUAAAUACGAUCUUAUAUGGUGUCAAUGGGUAUUGGGACACUUAGAAGAUAAUGAUUUAAUAGAAUUUUUUAGAAAAUGCUCAUUGAGCCUGAAAGAUAAUGGUGUGCUCGUGGUGAAAGAAAAUAUCACAACUUCAAAUAAUAUGGAAAUUGACAAGGAAGACUCUUCCGUAACGAGACCAAUGAAAACCUUACGGUCUUUAUUUGAAAAAGCUGAUCUUAUUUGUAUUAAAGAACAACAGCAAACUAAAUUCCCGCGUGGUUUAUAUCCGGUUCACAUGUUUGCCCUUAGACCAAUAAAUCAGUGAAUUAGUCAAUAAUGCGCAA